AGCAGCCUAGAAAUCACCAUCCAUUUGCUGCAAAGUUACUCGUAAUCUUAGCAAUUUGAAGGGUUUGACAGCCAACCAUGGCCUUCCUCAGCCUCUUCCGAGCACUUGUCCUCUCGUCGCUCGCCGCCUCGGCUCUCUCAGCACGUCCAUACAAGCAUGGUCUCACGCCGCACUUCUACGACUACGUCUGCCCUCAAGCCUUGCCCGCCAUCAAGCGAGUUGUCGAGGCGGCGGUGCAGCAAGAGCGACGCAUGGGCGCUUCCUUGCUGCGCUUGCACUUCCACGACUGUUUCGUCAAUGGUUGUGAUGGGUCGGUUCUCUUGGAUCCAACCCCAACCAUCGACAGCGAAAAGUUCGCGGCUCCUAAUAACAAUUCAGCUAGAGGGUUCGAAGUGAUCGACCAAAUUAAGGCGGAGGUCGACAGAGUAUGCGGGCGUCCGGUGGUAUCUUGUGCGGACAUCUUGGCUGUUGCCGCUCGUGACUCCGUCGUUGCGUUAGGAGGGCCUUCGUGGAAAGUACGACUCGGACGAAGAGAUUCGACGAUGGCGAGCAGGACGGCAGCAAACAAUGACAUGCCAACGCCGAACAUGGACUUACCCUCCUUAAUUAACAAUUUCAAGAGGCAAGGUCUUAAGGUCAAGGACUUGGUCGCCCUGAGCGGCGCUCACACGAUCGGCUUUGCACAGUGCUUGAAUUUCAGGAACAGGAUAUUCAAUGACAGCAACAUCGACAAGGCUUUCGCGAAGAAUCUCCGGUCCUUCUGCCCGCGCACAGGGAGCAACACUAACCUCGCAAGUUUAGAUCCAACACCGGCACGUUUCGACACAUUGUACUACAAUAACCUGCUGAGCCAGAAGGGCCUUCUUCACUCUGAUCAGGCACUUUCAACUGGUGAAUCCGCACUUGAGCUAGUGAAGAGUUACAGCUACAACUACGAAGCGUUUUGGAAGGAUUUCGCGAAAUCGAUUGUCCGAAUGGGAAACAUCAAGCCAUUGAUCGGAAACCAAGGUCAAAUCCGCUCAAACUGCCGGAGGGUGAAUUGAAUUCAGAACAGUCGGAAGCCAUCGAUCCCAAUAAAUGACACCGAGUUGUCAUGAUUUUCUUUCUUUUUACGUGUUUGUCGUGAGUUUACCAUUGUCUUCUUUGCUGUGAUUAGUUCAUCCUUCAGAAGAAAAACAUUUUCCUGAGCAUGUAUACAUUUGUGCCUCAGUAAUAAAGCCUUUGGAGUGUAAAUUGAAGUGUCUCCGUAGAACCAUGUUACUUGUCUUCUAAAUAAAGUACUCCUUGU